AGCAUUCUGUGUGAAUUGUGGAAGAUGGCAUAGGGAGAAGAGAAUGGGAGAACUUUAUUUUCCAUAAGAAGCAAUUAGGAACUGUUCCAUAGUCAUAGGAGAUUAGAAGGGAAAGGGCUAGAUGGAUUCAUUGACCACAGAUUUCGUUUACUUUGAAAAUCCCGAUACGAGAUAUCGCCUCGUCUCUGGGGAUUUUAUUCAUCUCUUCUGACUCCAAUAAAAGCGUCGUCUUCUUCUGCUUAGAUUUCUGAACCAGAAUUAAAAAAAAAAAAAAAAAAAAACAAAAAUUAGAAAGAAUAAACAAUAAGGGAUCAUCAGUUUCAGACGCCAAAAUUAGGAAUAACCAACUGAGAUCUCAGGGUAAUUAUCUUCUGAUAGAUUUGUAAAGAGUGAAGAUAAAAUUCAGAUAUCUCAGCGGGAUCUGAACUUUACAAAAACCCAAUUGGGUUGGUCUAUCGAUUUGUUAUUUUUUAAGAGCCAAGGGAAGAUCGUGGGUACUUUUCUUCACAAGAGCUGUGAAAUCUCCGGAGAUGUCUGGGGCACAGGAUCGAUUAGAGAUCAAGUUCCGGUUGACUGAUGGCUCAGAUAUCGGUCCCAAGAGCUUCCCUGCCGCCACCAGUAUCGUCACCCUCAAGGAAACUAUAAUUGCUCAAUGGCCAAAAGAGAAAGAAAAUGGUCCAAGGACAGUGAAAGAUGUCAAGAUAAUUAGUGCUGGAAGGAUUUUGGAGAACAACAGAACUGUAGGAGAAUGCAGGAGCCCCUUAUGUGAUGUUCCUGGGGGCGUUACAACCAUGCAUGUUGUUGUUCAACCACCUUCCUCAGAGAAAGAAAAGAAAUCAGACCAAUUGAAGCAGAACAAGUGUGUCUGUGCUAUUCUAUAACUUGCAUGUUUGAGUGGAAAGGAUAGAGUAUUGAAGCUGGUUUAAGGAUUGAAAUUGUGGAACACAAGGUUGGCGGUUGGUGGGAAUGCACAUCUCGUCGUGGAUCAAAUUCUUAAACAGGUCUAUGGCUUCUUGAUGAAGCUGUUGCUUUUGUGUGCAUGUGCAAUAUUUGUUGAUUAUUAAAGCCCAUAAGACAACUAUUUAUGUAUUGAUAUGCUAGGAAGUCUAUCAAA